UUGCAAAACCAACGAAAAUCACACCCGUCGAGGACAUAGUGCCAAAAGAGGAAAUAACACCAGUGGAGCCGCCUAAACCGAAACCUGAACCGGGCAGACCACCGAGCAGAUCAGGUGCCUGCAGAGUAUGUUUGAAAUCCUUCAAACCCGAUGAUUUCGCCCGCAUAUGCGGCGAGUGCCAGUUCAAGGUCUGUGAGGAUUGUGCCUCAUACUCAGAAGCCCAGAACUACGAGGACUCAGCAAUAUGGCGCUGCAGUGUUUGCCGACGUAAAUUAGCAUCUCGAGGUCAGCCAAUUGUAACUCAAGAAUCAACAGACUCACUGCUGGAAGUACCAGUGCUGGAGGCACUACAAAGGCGGCACAGUGAUGCACGACUUAGCUGUCAAGCGGGUGGACAAACACCAGGUCUGGGCAGUGGUCUUGCACCGCCCAGAAGUCCAGAGCUCAGAAGACACUCAGAUGUCUCACCUGCUAGUCUCAAGGAGCUCGAGAAGUUUCGAAAGGUUGCAGGAGAGCGCCGAGAGGAGCUCAGAUGGGAGAAGGAGCUCGAGAGAAGGAGCAAGUCACGAGGUGGAUCACCAGAUCGGCAUCAGGGACGAUCUUCAAGCCCUCAGAAAGCAGUCAAGACCCCCUCAACAGACCAAGAGACAGGUGACAUUGGCGAGGACGAGGAUGAACGUCGGAGACGAGCGGUGAGAAGAAGCGGCACAGUGAGACGAAAAUCACGUGUAACAAAGCAACACUCUUACGAUGAAGAGAGCAGUGGUGGUGGUGGUGGUCAGUCUAGCCAUCCUGAUACAGGUCUCGGGCUGCCGGUCCAGUUGCCGCGUAGAGCGUCGGCUUACGACGUGUAUGCGACACCCGGAAGCGGUGGCCUGAACGCCAUGGCUAUCGCUGCUGCCCAACAGAGAGCCUCAAUAUCCAAUCAGGGCUCGAGGGAUGCGGAGGAUAGAUCACCAGGCAGAAGACCGUCGUUCAGGGCCGUCAAACCCGUGAUGACAUACGAUAUGGCGGGCGAAGAAGAGAAGAUAAUAAAUUUGGAUGCUACCGCUGGAUCGGAAGUAUCAGUUCAAAGUGAUGAACCACGGGAGUCAAGACCGAGAACACGACGCGCUUCAAUGCUACCAGAUAUCAAUAUGGUGAGAAGUCUUCCAUCAGUGCCAAAAGCAACUCCACCAGUCGUUGCUCGUGUGGCUGCGGAAGAUCGCGAAUUACCACGACAGGGAAGUUUAGCAGAGGGCGAGGGGAUCAAGAUUGUUAUUCACGAUGUGGACAGUGAUCUAGCUCCGAGGGUCAAUACUAAAAGGAGGGUGGUACUCAGAAAAGAUUCGAUGCUGAUGGAAAAAGGACACAGAACACGUGGUUUUGGUAUGCGAGUGCUGGGCGGUAAAUCUGGUACAGACGGACGUCUCUACGCUUCAAUCGUAUGGACAGUGCCCGGGGGACCGGCAGAAAAAGUUGGACUACAGAAGGGCGAUAAGGUUUUGGAGUGGUCAGGCGUAUCCCUCAUCGAUCGCACGUUUGAGGACGUCGCACAGAUAAUCGAGCACACCGGCGAUGUGGCUGAAAUCGUCGUCGAACCCCUUUCUGAUAUGGAUAACUGUAGUGUCGAUCUAAUGGACGAAGCCGGAAUACCUCCCCCCGGGGGAAAAACAUCGGGAAAUCUUGGUCUUCAGUUAGACACGGAAACGGACAAAACACCGUCAUCGCCAACUCGCAGGAAACUGCCAAAGACGCCGGAGCAAAUAGCUAAGGAACGUCAAGUAACCGGCAGGAUACAGAUACAAGUCUGGUACGAGGUGGACACCAAGGAAUUAGUGGUGUCUGUGCUCGGUGGUGAUGAGCUCUGCCCUCGCGAGGACAGCUCACCACCCGAGGCAUUCGCCAAACUGGUGCUCUUGCCACCAUGCGGUGAGAAGAGCAGUCUGCAGACAGAUGUUGCUGAGCGAGCUCAGAAUCCAAUAUGGAAUGCCAAUUUGACAUUUCCGGGUAUUGCGGGUGAGAAACUUAUUGAAAGAACCAUCGAAGUGACUCUGUGGGACUUCCAGGCGGACGGUGAAAAUGUUUUCCUCGGCGAAUGCGUUGUGAAUCUGGAGAAUGCCAUCGAAGCUGACCGGGCUAUUUGGUACAGAUUGGAAGACCCGAGGGGCUGGCGUUCUGGAAAAUCCCCAUAUGCUUCACCCCGGGGAUCAGUAUCAGCUGAGGUAUCAAUGAUAGCCCAGAGAUUGCUCCGCCGUGAUGUACGCGAAAGAAGCUACAGCGACGACACCCAGACGCAGAGUGAGAGCGGCAGUCCUGAGCCCUAUUUCCUCCAUCCCGACCAUGCUUGGCAGGCAAACUCAAGACGCGGCUCAUCUCAAUCCGAGCAGCUCGAGAUUGAGCCUUACGAGUUGAGCAAAGACUACAGUAGAUCAUUGCCUGGCAGUCGUAGAAGUAGUUUUCAGAGCCAGGGAGGGACUGACAGUAAACGGGGCAGUAUUGGUGACACCGACACACCACCUGUUUACUACAGUCGUGACAGACGACGCAGUUCAGUGGCAAGAACAGCGAGAAAUCAUGAGGAGGUGUUAAAAUCACUUCAGAAAAUAGCAGCAAGAGGUGAACUUGGAAGAACAAUGAGUUUAUCCAAUGAAAAAAGACGCGGCAGCCGGCGAGAUGAGCGAAGGGACAGCAUCAAUCGGGGGGAGAGGAGGGACAGUAUGGGACAAACGAUGAUGGGAUUUCCUGAACGAUUUUAUGACAGAAAUAGUGAGUCCGAUGAGGAUGACAAGUGGAGUCAGUCGAUGAAAAAUGAAAAUGGCUUGGAUUUGAAGUUGGGUCCUGGACAAGUGGCACCGAGAGGAGUCAAACUCCUUGGAGCAAUGGGAAAUGGUGAGGUACAACUUGCCCUGUUUCUCAGCAAGGGAACACUCGAGGUUGAGGUGAUAACCGCACGAGACAUAUGUCCAGGUGAACGGGAAGAACCAGACACUUACGUAAAAACAUAUCUGAGAGACGGUGAACGUUGGCUACACAAAAGGAAGACUCGAGUUGUGCGUCGUUCACGAAAUCCCCAGUACAGGCAGACCCUCAAAUACGGAAGUUGCGAUGCACUGGGGAGAAAUUUACUAGUGAUGCUUUGGGAGAAGAAGCAGGGCUUCGAGAGUAAUCAGGGCCUCGGUGGUGCUGAAGUUGAUCUUGAACUACUGCCACUGACCAAGUUGUCAGUUGGUUGGUAUCCACUAUUUCCAAUACACACCCUAGGCACUCACAAUGCUGAUUCACCCUGAUGGUUGAGGGAAAAAUGGGCUCUAGAAGCUGGUGAACUCGAUCUCAGACUGAGUCUGCUGCUCAAGGAUGAGACUGAGUCGGUUGUCAAGAUAAUAUCUUGAUAAAAAAUAUGCUGAAUAUCCGUGGCUCUAUUACUACUGUAAUUUAUUCGUUCAUUGGAGACGAUUUUUUUGAGAAAUAUUUCCUUCAGAAUGACAAUCAUUACACGAGUUUCGUUUGUGGAUGAAUGGGAUAUAAUAGAUACAUUAAUAAAAUCGUAGAUGUAGAUUAGCUUCUUAACUAUGAGUGGUAAAAUUUUAAGUGGGGAAAGGUGAAAAAAAAUAUUCAUCAUUAGUGAGAGAAAAAAAAGAAAAAUGAUAAUUCAGCAUUGAAGUGGUAAAAUAGGAUAAGUCAAUGCAAUUUAUAGAUCACAAAAUAAUUUUUCCGAUCGUAGUUUCUUCCUUCAAAUUUUUUUUUUGACAUCAUUUUUGGUUAAA